ACUAUAGGAAGCGGAUUGCGGAAGCGGCCAGAGGAAGAGGAGUGAGGAGUCCUGCAGGCCUUCAGCGCUCAGAUUUCAGUGCUUUAAAUCAGUUUAUAAUCGGAGUAUUUAUCUUCUAGUGUAAUCAUGUCUAAGAACACGGUGUCGGACCGCUUCAGGAAGGUGGAUGUGGAUGAGUAUGAUGAGAAUAAGUUUGUGGAUGAGGAAGACGGCGGGGAGAACCAGCUGGGUCCGGAUGAGGCGGAGGUGGACUCGCUAAUCAGGCAAUCAAACCUGAUGGGGGCGCUGCAGGCUGUACUGAAAAACCCACCAAUCAACACAAAGAACCAGAAUGUGAAGGAUCGGGCCGAGGGUCUGGUAUUGAAAGUGCUGACGGCCUUUAAGAGCAGUGAUAUUGAGAAGGCGGUUCAGUCUCUGGAUAAGAACAAAGUGGACCUCCUGAUGAAGUACAUCUACAAAGGCUUUGAACGGCCCUCAGAGAACAGCAGCGCAGUCCUGCUGCAGUGGCACGAAAAGGCUCUCUCAGCAGGCGGCGUGGGCUCCAUCGUCCGUGUGCUAACGGCCCGGAAAACCGUUUAAAACCCACUUCACCCAAAACACCUUGGCAGCGCUGACACAGGGAUUGGCUGGCACAACCCCAGGCAGCGCCUGGCACCUACCUACACUGUGGAGGACGUCCGGUCUCACAUCUCUCGCUUUCUUUCUUCUCUUCUAUUGCAUUGCUUUCGUUCUGGGUUUUUCUCGCAGAGACGACAGACAGCUGCAGUUCAGAUCUCUGUAUCAGCUCGAGGGUCCGAACGCAGUGGUCUUCAUCAGUGGACAGAUGUCCCUCUUUAAAACCGACACAACCUGCUCCACCUCUUUCACUCUGCUUACCACUCAGUGGACUGUUGAGGUGGAUUUAGACGCUUCUGUUGAUAUGAUGAUGACGAUCAUGAUUUUUAUUAUAAUAUAGUAUUGUAGGCAUGAGUAUGGACCCUUUUUUUUUUGUUUUUAAACAGUGUCACAGUGUACAGGGACACAUCGUGCACUUUUUACAUCCCUAAAAUUACUUAUUUGAUGCAGUUUAUUGGCGGGUAUUGGGUCACUUUAUAGUGUUUAUUAAACCUGCAAGGCCACAGCACUUUACUGUUAGCUCAGUAGAGGUACCAUUAAAUGAUACAGUGAUGCAGCAUAAUAUAUAUAGAAUAUAUCAGUGUUUUCCAAGUUUUUCACACUUUCGUACCUCCCGCUUGAUUUUAAAGAUGUACUCACAGUAGGCAAUACGUGCCCUGGCCUGCUUGAAGAGGUGGACCAGAGCAUGGUUCACUUGUACUCGAGCUUGUACUCGAGCUUGAGCGCCAACAAGAUGAUGUCAGUGAUGCGACUUUCCUGUAAACAAUCAUGGAGGUGAUGUGCCGAAUUCAGCAUCCCCACCAGAAAAAGCACCCCCUCUUGGGAGCGACGCUAUUUCGCUAUGUACGUAACCAUGACUUUUGGCACAUACUUCUAAGUAAGUUAAAACAGAUCAUCUUUGCUUUUGCGCUCCUGAGAGAGGGUGCUUUUCAUGGUGGGGGUGCUGAAUAUGGCACAAUACCAGCAAGCCCACUGAGCAGCGAGUGACGAUGUAAGUGUGCUCGGGCACGGAUUGUUUAAACGCAGUGUAGGUGCAUGCCAGCGGGGGAGUGGGGAGGGGGCAGAACUGUGUCUACUGUGAGUACACCCUAAAACUUUGCCUAGUAUGCCUUAUAUGCUGCCAUAAAAAAAAAACAGCUUACUCUGCAAGCUCUCAAAAGGUGGUUCCUGUGGUAUCUGGCACCAGCAUGGUAAAACAUCUCCUUAAUUUGAGGUAAAAUGAGGUAAACACCCUGUCUCCAGUUCAGGGUGUCUCUUCUUGGACCAGUAUGAGUAGGUACUUUCUGGUUUGGCAGAUUUCUGAAGGUGGUAUCUGUGGUACCUCUGACCAAGACAUUACAGGAGAUAAUGCAAGUCCUUGAGUUCUAAUUUGAGAGGUGGCCAUUUGUGCCUCACAUAUAACAUUCCUGAAGGUGGUCUCUGGGACCAAGAUAUUACAGGAGGUCCAUUAAGGACCUUAAAGACCACUAUCAAUAGGUACUUUACUGGUUUGGCCCUUAUCAAUUGACAGUUGCCUCACCAUCUGGAACCAAGAUACCACAGCAGAUCCAUUACUUUUAUUUGAGAGGUUGAAACACUCACCAGUUCCGGUGUUCCUCAUUGGACCACUAUCUGGUAGAUAUCUAUCCACAUAAAGCUUCUUAAAUAUAUAUUUUAGGGCAGAUUAUGUUGACAGUUGACAGACCUUACAUACGGCAUGUUGGCACAAGGGAGGAGCUCAGUUCUGCAGUGUUGUGGCCCUGCAGGUUCCAAUACCAGCUUUUAUAUCUAAAAAAAAAAAAAAAAAACAAUGAAUAGAAGCACAUCUCUCAUCUUGUUGAUGUUCAUACUGCAUUCCAGAUCUUAAAUCACAGGCACUGCACUCGCUGUGUGUGUAGUGUUUUUUUUCUGCCUUAGCACCACCUUCUGUUGGACAGUGUCCAUCUUCUGAACACAGAGGAAGGAUACCUCGUAUUCUGCCACACUUUCUGUACUUGCUGUCUUGGCUGGGCUUUGCUGAUUUCUUCUUAUUCUUCCUCCUCCUCAUUUUCUUCAGGCCAAGGUUUUGCUCAACUGCUGCCAGAAAAAAGCAGCUACCUGACUUUCUACUUACACUCAAGUGGCCACUUUAUUAGAAACACCUACCCUGUAGUUCCACACACUGGCCAGUUUGAGUUUGACCAGUGAUGCACCGAAUAUUUGGCAACUAUAAAUAAUAAUUUAUAAAUAAUUUCUAACAAACAAUGGCUUUCUUCUUUGUAUUUUAAGUCAUAUUGCAUUAUUAUCUGUAAGAUUUCCUUCAGCAGGAGGCACUUUACUGGAUUCUGAGACACAACGCUACACUUAAAGCUAGGCUCCCUAUAGUCACAGGGCUGUGUGAAACUAAGCUCACACAACAACUACAGUUUGUCAUCAACACAGCGAGUAAUCCAGCUCAGAAAAAAAAAAAAAACAGUUAGCGUCACUCUCUAGCUCAGGAGAGUUUAGUUGUUGUGUCUGUUUGCAACAAUUAGCAACAGUUCCAGCAGUGGGCCCCCACAGUGAAAUAUAUGAAUAUAGUAGAAAUGCUGUAUUAUGUUUUGCCGAGUCGACAAGCUGUCCACCGCACUAUGUAACUUUGGUAAAGCAAGCGGCAGGACAAAGCUUGUGAAUGUGGAUUAUUAUUGCACCACAUUCUUUUAAUUCAGAUGUCAGUUCUGUAUCUCUCAGCUUGUCCAGAAAUGCACGUGUAAAGCAUGUCCUUCUGUUUGCUAAAAUGUUCAAAUUGAUUAUUUUUAAAUUGUAGAACUACGUUUCAGUUUUGGCUCUGUGGUCAAAAACUGUGUUACAGACAGACUUAAAGAAAAAGAUCAUUAAAUGUUAAUGAGUCUCUAUCUGAGGAGACUCUAUGCAAUGUGGAGCUACAAGAGAGGAUUUCCAAUAAAGUGGCCAGUGAGUGUCUGGUACAUGCUUUUAUAGGACUAAUCGCAAGUUCUUCAAGACAGAAAAAAGGGAAAGCAUUCCUUGUGUUUGUUUGCUGCCAAAAAGUUUGAUUCUAAUCUAAAGGAACUCAAUUUUGUACUUUUUUUUUGUUGUUGUUGUAAUGAUCUAGCAUCUUUACAGUCACACAAAAACCUGCUAUCUCCAUCUUGCUGUCUUUCCUUGUUUGUUGACUUAAAGGAGAACUCCGAUUGACUAGGGAAGUAAAGCAUGAUAAAUAGUAUUAAACUUUGUUGAAUAGCACACCUCCAUUCUCCCACAGCUUUCCCGAGAUCCAGUAAUUUUGUUCUGUUUGUCCAAACAUGCUUUAGAAUGAAUGACAUGGGGCAUAUUUUGCGCCUGCAGAUAAAUCACUUUUUCCACCAUUAUCCAGGCUCAGAGUAGCUCCACACCUCAUUGCUAGAAUCCGUAGAGCCCUGACAUUUAAAAACUUUAAAAGUGCACAAGAAGCUUAUUAAAAUCCACUGUUUACAUACCGUAGCGUGACCUAAUGCCCGGGGCUGUAGCCAAUGCGACGGGUUGUAAACAGUGAUUUUUUAAUAAGCUUCUUGUGCAUUUAUUAAGUUAUUAAUGCCUCAUUUUAAAUGUCAGGGCUCUUCAGAUACUGGAUCUUGGAAAGCUGCCGGCUAUUCAACAACUCUUUAUCAUGUUUUACUACACCAAAAGUCAAUUUUACACCGGAGUUCUCCUUUAAUGCCCAACAUAAAACCAAUUGUCACAUAAUGUUGCUUUAAUGAUUAACAUUUUUUGGAGAUGGAAGGCUUUGUUGUGACUGUGAUGAUAAAACACUUCAUCAGAAUGAACCCAGGAAUCAGGAUGUUUGAUCAUCAGUUAAGGGCACUGAAUAUUUGUACUAAACGUUGAUCACAAGCUCCUGUAUACUGGAUAUCUUCAUUAGGGAUGUUCCGAUCCGAGUCACUGAAUGUAGAAUAUCAUAGACACUGAUCUGUGUUUGUAUAAAUAAUACAGACCCAGAGAAUAAAUAUUUUGAUAAAACAUGCUGGCUGUUUUACUGAAAUAAAAUCCGUUCUAAGCUUACUAAAAUUGCCCUUGAUCGGAUCGGGACAUCCCUCAUCUUCAUCACUGAUGAGGUCAUUGUUCUGUAACAGGAUUGGUAUGUCCACUUGUUCACUUGUUUUGGAUCCAGGUGAUCAUUACUGGGCCCUUUUUUUUGCAUAGUAGAUUUUAGACACCUACUGAAAGAGGUUUCUCACAGUCAGAGUGGGCCGAACAUUCCUGACAUGAGUAUGUACUUCAGUCAGAGCUCAGCUCAGCCUCCCGCUGGUCCACUCUACAAGCCAUACAUGAAAAAACUAACUGCUUUGGGCAAAGCUGAGCGAUCGUCAGUGUUUGAGAGGGUGUGGUAAAUGGGUGCAUAUCACUCACUUGAUCAAGUGCAAAUAUAACAAACAAGUUUACCAACUGCCUUAUAAAAUAUUCCUUUUAUAACGUGUGGUCCAUUUGGAAGCAAUAAAAAUGUAUUAUGAUUGAAA